AGCCGUACAGUGGAAACCGUUGUCUGUCAGCGUCGCUCCGAGCAGCUCGUUUUAUCCUCUGAACACAUUUUACCUAAUUUUUAAGCCGCGACUUUGACUCCGCAGGCGGCUGGCUUCGGUAUUUCCCCCCGUGGAUCCAGAAAAUGGAGUUUAAUCGCUGCUGUUUGAGGAGCUUUUUGAGCUGUUUGCUAAUCUGCGUCACUCUGUGGAGCGAGCAAAGCUACGGGCUCUUUGGACAAACCAACCGGAAACCAAACAUCGUUUUAAUCCUCACUGACGACCUGGACGUCGCUUUGGGCGGCUUGAACCCGUUGACCAAGACUAAGAAACUAAUUGGUGACGCUGGGAUAACCUUCACAAACGCCUUUGUUGCCAGUCCUCUCUGCUGCCCGAGCCGAGCCAGCAUCCUGACAGGGAAGUACCCCCAUAACCACCACGUCAUCAACAACACGCUGGAGGGGAACUGCAGCAGCUCGGCCUGGCAGAAGAGCCAGGAGCCGCAGACGUUUCCCGCUUUGCUGAAGAACUUUGGAGGAUACCAAACCUUCUUCGCAGGGAAAUACCUCAACCAGUACGGACAUUCUGAUGCUGGUGGGUUGCAGCAUGUUCCUCCAGGCUGGAGCUACUGGGUGGCACUGGAGAAAAACUCUAAAUACUACAACUACACUCUGUCAGUGAACGGGAAGACUCAGAAACACGGAGCGGACUACAGCAGAGAUUACCUGACCGAUGUGCUGACUAACAGGUCUUUGGAGUUCCUCCAGUAUAAAUCCAUUUACCAGCCGUUCUUCAUGAUGGUUUCCACGCCGGCGCCUCACUCCCCCUGGACGGCGGCUCCUAAGUACCAGGACCGCUUCAACGACACCAAGGCUCCCAGAGACCCCAACUUCAACGUCCACGGGAAGGACAAACAUUGGUUGAUCCGUCAGGCUAAAACUCCCAUGUCCAACUCCUCUGUCCGGUUCCUCGAUGACGCCUUCAGGAAGCGAUGGCAAACUUUACUGUCAGUGGACGAUCUGGUGGAGAAAAUUGUGACGAGUUUGGAGGUCAGAGGUGAACUAGAGAACACCUACAUCUUCUUUACCUCUGAUAACGGCUACCAUACAGGUCAGUUCUCUCUGCCGCUGGACAAACGGCAGCUCUAUGAGUUCGACAUCAGGGUUCCUCUCCUGGUCAGAGGACCAAACAUCAAACCCAAUCAGACCAGCCAGAUGCCGGUGGCGAACGUCGACCUCGGCCCGACCAUCCUGGACAUUGCCGGCUACAACGUCAACAAGACCAAAAUGGACGGCAUGUCCUUCCUGCCCAUUAUGCAGGAAGGGAAGAUGAACAGCAGCAGCUGGAGGACAGACAUCCUGGUGGAGUAUGAAGGCGAAGGAAGGAACGUUUCGGAUCCGGCCUGCCCGUUGUUGGGACCGGGAGUGUCGGAAUGCUUCCCAGACUGUGUGUGCGAGGACUCGUACAACAACACUUACGCCUGCGUGCGCACCGUCGCCCCCUCUGCCAACCUGCAGUACUGCGAGUUCGACGACAAUGAGGUGUUUGUGGAGGUGUACAAUGUGACGGCAGACCCCUACCAGCUCAACAACAUCGCAAAGACCAUCGAGCAGGAAGUGCUGGAAAAGAUGAACCAUCGGCUGAUGAUGCUGCAGUCGUGCUCUGGCCAGACAUGUCGAACACCUGGAGUUUAUGAUCGAAGGUUUAAGUUCAACCCUCAGCAGCUGUUUUCGAGCCACAGCUGGAGGCUGAGCAAACUCAGGCAGUAGGAGGAGGAAGGCCGUUUCCUGCUGCCGCUGGUUUGCUUUGGAGCCGCCAUCUUCUCUGGAUGGAGACGCGAUCAGGUGGUUUAGUGUCUGAAGCCAAAUCAACCUUUAAACUUCAUGUUUCUCAGUUGAUGUUUGUAGAAGAUUGAAAACGUCUCCCUGUCAGCACAGAUUUGCACAUGUGUUUGUCCCACAGGAAGUUAAAUAGUUUGGCUACAUUUCAGUGUUUAAUCAAGAAUUUCACAUUUUUAAAUAUGUAAAACGGAUGAGACAAUUAAAAGAAGUGCCAAAUGUCCUAUUUUUGAUUUAAACUCAAAGGUAGAUCAGGGAAAUGAUUGAAGGGAUUUUUUUUUAUUUAUUACCAUUUUUAAAAUAUCCUGUUUUGUGAAGCAUAAACUGCUUUCAGUCUUAUUACUUAUUAAACAGGGAAAAAGGUCAAACCUGCGAAUCAUAUCCAGAUUUUCCAGCUGCUACUGAUGAUAAUCUUUACUACAGUUAACAUGGAAAAUGUUUUUUUCCUUCAAGCUGAAAACUUGGUUUAAAAGUAAAGAUGCACUUUUAAAUACGUCAGAUUUUCAUGUAUUUUUCUGUCGUGUUUUUGUCCAAAUAAAGAAUCACUGUUA